AUGAACCCACGUGUGGAAGCCGAUGAUGAGGCUGCGACUUUGAGACCAGACGAUGACGAAGCUACAACCUUGAGACCAGACGAUAUAGGCACUAUCAGCGAUGAAACUGCGACUUACGUGCAGGCCGCGGAAAGUACGCUUGCGAAUAGUCUUGCUGCUCAGGUACGCCUUUCUCACAAUCACGGACCUGACCAGAGAUACAUGGAGCAACGAUCCCUCCCACCUCGAACGGUGCAGUUCAACCCUCAACUUGAGAUGCAUGCCCAGAAGUUCCGAGAGAUCGUCGAGGAGUAUAGGCAUUCUGUAACGGAAAAGCAGAUCAAAGAUCUUGAUCUGAGCAAGACGCAUUCUUGGGACGAAGUCUUUCGUGUGGUGAGAACUGCACAGGAUAAGUACAUACGAGCUGGCCAGAAGCCGGUCAGGAGAGCUAGCAGGUUCCUCGGGAGGCAGUCAGAGUCGGUUCUGCCCUUUCUCAGGAUCAUUCCGAAUGGCACUUAUACGUCAAUGAUUUGCGGAGGACUGAAGUCGGCCAUGCACCUGAGCAAUGCACGCGAGGAAGUACUCCGAACCAUUGAGGAUAUGCCUGAGAUCAUUCUCCAAGCUGAGCAUGCUGUGGAGACGUUCCCACCGGAUCUAAGUCUCGACGAUAAAGCAGAUGAGCUAUAUCUAUCCAUAUUCACCGCCCUCCAGGGCGCUGUCGAGUGGUUCGCGAAGAACCCUAUUGGCAAGCAGACUGCAGCUUUGGUUCAAGGUCCACUGUACAACAAGGCCUUCAAGCAAAACAUCAAAGCCCUUGACGAUGCUCUGGAGUCCUUCAAGAAAAGGUGCGACACACUUCGCGAUGGUGCCAUCGUGGAUACUCACAAGACCGUCAAAACCACACAUACGCUUGUUGGUCAGGUUGCAACCACUACAGGCGAAAUCGAGGUCACCACUAAGGACACCCGUGAGCUUGUUCAAACCUUGCAGAGCGGCGCGGAGGACCUCAUGCGCACCGCCAAUGGCACGGACGCUCGACUCAUACAGGUCAAGACGGAAGCUCAGUGGGUUGGAGAGGGAAUCAAUACGCGCAUCGGCGACGUUCAAUCUACCCAACGUGCUACCAGAGCGCGAAUUGAAGAUAUCCAUGACGCUCAACAUGCUACCCAUGCAGCGGUGGAUAAAAUGACAGACGUGCAAAGAGCCAUUCAUGAAGCGACCGAAGCUAUGACACUUUCCCGUCAGAAUGCGGAGUGGCAGUCGAAUGCAGCUAAGCAGAUCCGACAACUCAGACGAAAGGUCAAAAGACUCGAAACAUCUGGGAGUGCUGCCUCCCUUUCAGAUCUGCUAGAGAUCAUCGACGUCGACGAAAAUCUUGCAGAGAACGACCGGAUGGCAGUCCGUCGAGGAUGUCAGUCGCUCUCAGCCUCAGAUGCUCAAGUACCACAUGGGAUCAUAGUUGGGCAAAUAUACACUGACUGGGUAUCCGCAAAUGACUCCGGCGCGUUGUUCAUCGAAGGGGGACAGCCCAUGGUAAGCGGAAAUCGAUACACAUCACUUUCGCUACUCAGUUGCAUCGUCACCGAUGUCCUCCAGCAGGACAUAACGAUCCAUCACUUCUGUCGCCGCCACGUCAGAGUUGACGAUCUGUUUCACGGACCGAAAGGUAUGAUGAGGAACUUGAUCCACCAAGUUGCACGAUAUUUGAAUGCUUCCACAGCGCUCAAGUUUCCACACAACCCACGAAAUCGAAAACUUCUGGAGUCGCACGAUCUCUCAACCUUAUGCGCAUGCUUUGCAUACGUCGUGGAACAAGUACCUGAUGACCCUGUCAUCUUCUGCAUCAUUGACGGCAUUGACGCUUUCGAAAAGCACACAUGGGCUGCAGAAUGUCGCAAGGUGAUGAACACCCUUCAAGAUAUGGCCCAUGGCGAGGCAGAUGGCCCGGUGUUCAAACUGCUUGUCACCAGUCCUGGUCGCAGCAAAUUCGUAGGCUCGGACUUCGACGACCAACAACGCAUGCGGCUGGCCAGCGCGGGCAAUACCAGUCGAGAUAAUCCCACGCCGCGUGAGUUGGCACAGGGAGCUCGACGACAGCAACGGCGGCGCAACAGCGAGGUCUAUCGUGGGUUGAGAGCCAGCGCGGUCGCCGCCAUGAAGGAGUCGUCAGACGAAAGCAGUGAUUCUGAGCUGUCGUCGGCGUCGAAUCCUGAUUGA